AUGAGUUUGUCGACCAAGGUGAAGCCUGCGGUGGAUGAGAGUUUGUCGACCAAGGUGAAGCCUGCGGUGGAUGAGAGUUUGUCGACCAAGGUGAAGCCUGCGGUGGAUGAGAGUUUGUCGACCAAGGUGAAGCCUGCGGUGGAUGAGAGUUUGUCGACCAAGGUGAAGCCUGCGGUGGAUGAGAGUUUGUCGACCAAGGUGAAGCCUGCGGUGGAUGAGAGUUUGUCGACCAAGGUGAAGCCUGCGGUGGAUGAGAGUUUGUCGACCAAGGUGAAGCCUGUGGAAGAGGAGAGUUUGUCGCCAAUGGUGAAGCCUUUUGAAGAGGAGAGUUUGUCGCCAAUGGUGAAGCCUUUUGAAGAGCUGAGUUUUCUGAACGAGAUGAAGCCUUUGGCAUGCCAGAGAGUGUCGACCAAAAUGAGGCAAGUGGCAAACCAGAGUUCGUCGUCCAACAUGAGGCUGUUGGUAGACGAGAGUUGGAGGACACGGGAUCGCUCUCCCUGUGACCUCGAGAUGCAGUAUGAGGAGGUCGGGAGUCUGGUGGAGGAACAGAGACGGAAGACCUGGAUGGGGAGAGGCCCGUCGUGGCAAUAG